CCCUUUUUCGUUACUAGGCUUAUUUCACUCUUCUCUCUUCUAGCAAACCCUCCUUCCCCUAUCGUCAAUUUCCUAAAUUGCCCUCAUCGGCGCCGAUUCUCGCCUGCAAAUCUCGCCGGCGAUGAAGUAGAAUCUCUCCUCAGUUACUCGAAGCCGAGCAGUUUCUUCUUGACUUACACGAGCUGUUCCAGUUGAUUUUCUCUCGUGUGGAAGGGUCUUUGGAUGUUGCUCGCUGGUGGUCAUCUAAAUAACUGCUGUUGUGCAUAGAGACCAUUUCAUAACUCAUUGAUAGCUUCUGUGGGGAUUGAAGAGGCACUGAUGGCUGGUCUGAUGACUGGUGACCCCUCAACACAUCAUGAAGCGUAUGAGGGUGGCAGUUUUAGGGCUUCUCAAGAAAGGCCAGAUGAGAAUGGUGGUCGUUGGUAUCUCUCCAGGAAGGAAAUUGAAGAGAACUCCCCAUCGCGACUCAAUGGUAUAGAUUUGAAGAAAGAGACUUACCUACGCAAGUCAUAUUGUACCUUCCUACAAGAUUUGGGCAUGCGGCUUAAAGUGCCUCAGGUAACAAUUGCCACGGCAAUUAUAUUUUGUCAUCGAUUCUUUCUCCGGCAAUCUCAUUCAAGGAAUGAUAGGAGGACCGUUGCCACAGUAUGCAUGUUCCUAGCAGGAAAGGUUGAAGAAACUCCUCGUCCCCUGAAAGAUGUUAUACUUGUUUCUUAUGAGAUCAUUCAUAAAAAGGAUUCUGAAGCUAUUCAGAGGAUCAAGCAAAAGGAAGUAUAUGAACAACAAAAAGAACUAAUUUUGUCCGGAGAGAGGGUUGUUCUUGCAACUCUUGCUUUUGAUCUUAAUGUACAUCAUCCAUAUAAACCCCUUGUUGAGGCAAUAAAGAAAUUCAAGGUUGCUCAAAAUGCCCUAGCUCAAGUUGCAUGGAACUUUGUGAAUGAUGGGCUUCGGACGUCCUUAUGCUUGCAAUUUAAGCCCCAUCACAUUGCAGCAGGGGCCAUUUUCCUUGCAGCCAAGUUUCUCAAAGUAAAGCUCCCAUCUGAUGGCGAGAAGGUUUGGUGGCAGGAGUUUGAUGUUACCCCACGCCAACUGGAGGAGGUGAGCAAUCAAAUGCUAGAAUUGUAUGAGCAAAAUAGAGUACCACCUCAGGCUAGUGAAGCAGAAGGAAGUGCUGGUGGAAAUCAAAGGCCUUCUGGAAAAUCUUCAGCUGCACAAGAAGAGCAUGGUGCAAAUAACAGCAACUCCGUGGGUGGAGGUGCUAAUACAAAUGCAGGAAGCUCCAAUCCUGCGUCCUCUAGGGAAACUCCUGAUCAACCGUACGCUGAUAAUCACAGUGGCCUUACAAGGACAGCUCAAAAUAGCAAUAAUGACUAUGGAAGUGCUGAACAUAACUUUUCAGAUGGUAUUGGGGAUGGUGAGAUGAAUGAUAGACAGACCCAUGAAAGAGAGCAGGUGUCUUAUCAGGGUAGUACAGCAGAGGUACAAAGUAGAUCAAGGUAUGGUUCUGAGAGUAACACUGAAGAUGAUCAGGAAGGGAACACUAGGAAAUCUGAACCAAGGCACAAAGGGGAAUCAAAGGAAAAGUACCAUGGUAGAGCCCUGGAGAACAUGGAUGAUGCAGUUGGCCAGUCACCACAAGAAGUUAGAAAGAUAGAUAAAGACAAGGUUAAAGCAGCUGUCGAGAACAAGGUCAAGGCAGCAUUGGAGAAACGCAGGAAGGCUCAAGGGGAUGUAACCAAGAAAACUGAUGUUAUGGACGACGAUGAUCUCAUUGAGAGAGAAUUGGAGGAUGGAAUAGAACUGUCAGCUGGGAACGAGAAAAACAAACGGGAAAGAAAGGAAAGCUGGUCCAAGCCUUCAAACAGGCCAGAGCAUGAGAACACAUAUCACACAAAGCUUCAAGAUGAGGCUGGGGAUGGACAUCACCAAGGGUCAAAGUGGAAGUCUUCACGUCGAGAAGAGCUUGACUAUGUCGAAGAAGGGGAACUGGAACCAUAUGAUGAUGCUGACAAGGGUUAUCGGUCACCAAAGUCAAACAGUAGGAAGAGAAAGGCAGGUAGCCCCUCAGACAAACCAAUGGAGGGAAAGCGACAUGAGUAUUUUCCAGAUGAUAGAAACAGGCCUGGGAGGCUUGAUUAUUCUGAGAGGGACCACAAAAGGCACAUGCAGGAAAAUCAUGCUUGAGAUGUCAUUUAUGCUUGCGGCAGCAGGCUAAACCAGUUCUGUUGAACAUGCUGGAUAUUCCAAUCUGAGGAGUGAGUUUUAUUUAAGGCUGGCACAGCUAUAUCCUAAAAAUUUUGCCACAACUUCAAUUGGUAAACGAGCAACUAUUUAUAGAACAAAACUGUAUAACUAUUCUCCAGAUGAUUUUGAACUGCUACCAUAUUCAGCUCUCAUCAUAUUUCUGUCUUUGAUUACUCAAAUAUGUUUGUGCAAUUUGUAAGAACGGAUUCUUUGCAACUGUCCAAGUUGUUAGUGGCCUCCAAAAUGUUGUCCAUUUUUUUUCUUGUACAUUUAAUGGGUGAGUUGUGCCUUUUGCCAGUUGCCACUACUGA